UUUCUGUCCAUUUCUCUCGUCCGGUUUCAUUCAGAAUCAUGCCAGUCUUGUUCUCAAGUUCGUUUUGCAUCCCGAGAGACUUUUCUGUUUACCCUGAGCAGGCCAAUCCAGCUCACUUCAUGUUGAUCCAGGUUCUCUGUGUUCAUUCUUGCAUGCUUUAUAUACCCAUCGCUUUCGGCUCUCGUUUUCUUUAACUUCUAAUAUCCUAUCCGAUUCAUGUUGCCCGCCACAGAUGUUUCUGUUUUCAUGGAAAUUAUUCACUACUCGAUAGGGUAAUCCCAGGGGUUAGGCUAUAUAGUGCUCUUCGUACUUGGUUUGGGGGACUGAUAGUUAGGCGGGAUGAAG